GUGUUGCGGGCGCCUGCGCAGUAGUCAACUUCAGGGUAACAAACCCGGAUGAGCAAGCAAACAACUUCUUGCACAAUGGAGGCGAUUGUUAAUGAAACUAUAUCCGCGGAAGAUUUAAUGAAGUUUGAGAGGAAGUACAAUGCGGAGCUGAAACAGGGUUCGGUAUCCAAGGCCACACAGUUUGAAUAUGCCUGGUGUUUGAUACGCAGCAAAUACUCGUCUGACAUUGUGAAAGGAGUUGCGAUUCUAGAAGAGUUGUAUCCUACAGCGUUGAAGGAGGAGCAGAGAGAUUACAUUUUCUACUUGGCCGUGGGACAUUAUCGAUUGAAGGAAUAUGAAAAAGCUCUGAAGUUUAUCCAUACGAUGUUGAAAAAUGAACCAACCAAUGCGCAGGGUUUACAGCUGGAGAAACUCAUUGACAAAAAGAUGCAACGAGAUGGUUUGCUGGGAAUGGCGAUUGUCGGGGGUGCAAUCGUUGGAUUGGCCGGAAUGGCAGGAUUGAUCGGAUUGGCUGUGAGCAAGGGCAAGUCCUGACCAGUGACUCUGAAGAUUGCAUACAUACUUUCACUGAAGUUUAACGAUUGUCUCAGCCUUUAACAAUGAAACCAAAUACAGACUGUUGACCCGAUUGGAAAUUUUCUGCUUUGAAGCCUGAAUGUUGACGAUGGUUGUUAUGCAUGUUUCAUGGACUACUUUCUAAUAUCCUAUCAGUGAUUCAGUCUCAAAACUAAUGUUAAAUUACCCCUUAAACCGAACUAAGUGUUGUAGAUACUGCUUUCUAAAAUAAAAAAACACCAGCCAUACCUGUUAAGUUUGGACAAAUGUCAGUGUGAGGCCUGUUACCAUGUAUGUCCAGAAUAAAGCUCCCUCUACACUGUCCCAUCAAAUACUCCCAGGACUGGUACAGCACAGGGGUAGAUACAGAGUAAAGGUCCCUCUACACUGUCCCCAUCAAACACCCCCAGACAGGUACAACAUGGGGUUAGACACAAAGUAAAGGUCCCUCUAAACUGUCCCUAUCAAAUACUCCCAGGGCAGGUAUAUCAUUGGUUACUUUGAGGGAUGUAUGAAAGUAAAAUUGAGGGAUAUGGUGACAAAGUGAGCUAAUGGGAUUGGAUGAUAUGGUGGGGGAACGUGGGAUUUUAGGAUAUAUUGGUGAGGUAGACGUGAGGAAUAGAGAUAAGAUGGAUAGAUGGGAUUGAGGGAAAGUGAGAGAGGGUGGGGACAUGAGAUUGGAGAAAACGACGAUAAUGAGGGUGCUUAGUUGGAAUUGAAGGAUAAAGAGGGUGGUGUGUAUGUGGAACUGAGGGAUAAUGAGGGUGCAUAGGUGGAACUGAGAGGUAUUGAGGGUGGUGUGUAGAUGGAACUGAAGGAAUGAAGGUGCGUGGGUAGAAUUGAGAUGUGUGUUUGGGUAAGUGGGAUUGGCAGUUAGACGAUGGGUAGUUGGGACUGAGGAAGAAUGAGGAUGUGGAAGUGGGGUUGAGGGAUAAUCAGGAUGGGUAGGUGGGAUUGGGGACUAUGACGGUAUGAUGGUGUGUGGGAUAUUGUGAGAAAAUGGGAUUGAGGGAAAUGAUGAAAAGGUGUGGAGGAAUGUGUUGCGAUGCAGAAUGGGAAAUCACAGAGAUUGCCCAUUCAUGUUGAUGAGUCCCCAUGUUGACUCUCUGCAAGAAGAGACAAAAGUUAAUCUGACUUCCCUGCCCUUAAGACUCCAAUUUUGUUUUGUUUCUGGUGAAUAUAUAAUUCUCUUUCCAAAGCCUUGUUGGAAUCUGCCUCCACCACACACUCAGGCAGUGCAUUCCAGAUCCUAAUCACUCACCAGGUCACAAAGUGUUUCCACGUGUUGCAUUAGUUCUUUUGUCAAUCCUUGUCUUCUGGUUCUUGAUCCUUCCACCAAUGGGAACUGUUUCCCCCUAUCUAUCCUGUACAGACCCCUCAUGAUUUUGAGCAUGUCUAUCAAAUCUCCUCUCAACCUCCUCUAAGGAGAAUAGCCCCAACUUCUCCAAUCUAUCCAUGUAACUGAAGUUCCUCAUCCCUGGAACCAUUCUCGUGAAUCGUUUAUGCACCCUGUGACGAAAUUUGACCUGGAUGCAGUAAGGAAAAUUUAAUUGUUUUUAAGAAUAUUUGAAAACAGAUUUUAAGAGUGCCAUCAAUUUUAAAGGGAUCUAUUAUAGUUUUCUUGAAUAAUAAAAAAUACUGGUCCAUGUGCCCCUUGACCUGGAAGCCGUAUCAAAAGGAAGGAAAUUAAGAUAUAGAUGCCGUGUGGCCAGGCACAAAGAACUGAAGAAAGUGGCAAUCAGCAUACGGUUGCAGACACAAAGAAGAUAGGCAAGGAAGCUACUGCUGUAAAGAACAAAGAAGCUGCAGCAGGGGAAGAGCAGAGAAGGCACAUUUACAAGGAGCUGUGUGUGUAAUACAGCUACAAGGGACAGAAAGCUGAAGACAGGGUUAGAGUAAAGUUUGUGAAUUGGAUAAUUCCUCUAAUGCUCUUCAAUUUUGUCAGACCAGACCGUUUAAUAAGUUUUAUUAAAGGAUUCAGGUAAAGGAAUCUGUAUCAUCAAAACUGUUAUGAACCUAGCUAAAGGAGGUUCAGCAGGAGUGUGCCGUUUGGAUGACGACUGUCUCCAGGAAACUCAGAAGGAGUGGAGCUACUGUUUCAGGUGACUCAAGAACCGAAUCUAUCGAGUGCGAAAAGUGAGAGAUCCACAGCGUACUAGAGGCUGAAUUGAUAAGACUGAGAGAUUGCACAUGGUGCCGCAUUUAUAUGGGGAGUGAUGCAUAUGCUUGUAAUCUCAUGAGAUCGUUUUUGUUGUAUCCGCUAUUACAUGUGUGAUCUAUAGUUCGUACUAACUGCAAUUUCCCAGUUAAUUCAUGUUUAAUUUAAUGCAUUCUUAUUGUUAAAGUAAAAGUUGCAAAAAGUGAAA